AAAAAAGUGGCUUCGCAAGUUGGAGUUUGGUUCGUGAAGGCUGUUAAAUAACAGCCAUAGCUUUAUAGCUUUUUCUUCGAACAAACCCAAAAAUAAUAUCAGAGAAUUUUCAUCAUUACAACUUUUAAAUUUUUUUUGCCUUCACACGUCUUCUUGUCUGACUACCACUUUAUUUUUGGUCUCUUUCUUCUUGUUCUUGUUCGUCUGUAGUCUUCUUUGAUCUCUCAACUCUCUGUCACUCUUAUAAAUAUCAAAACUCUGACAUUUCCUCUGUUAAAAUUCUCCUCGAAAUUCCCCCCAAAGAGAGAAUAAAAUGUUCAUAUCGAAAAAUAUGAAAACAAGACGCGGGAAACGCCCUGAGAGGUUUUGGCCUUCGAUUGUGAUGAAUAAAUGGUUGAACAUAAAGCCGAAAGUUUACGAUUUUAGUGAAGACGAAAUCGAUACAGAGAAUGAAAGCGAAGACGACGUAUGUUCGGUCAAAGACGUCGCUAAUGCUUGCUGUAUAACUGAUGAAGACAGCCAUGGCGGUCGCCGAGGAAACGAAACUGUUCACGGCAACGGUGGUGGUGCGAGGGGUUACCAGAGGAAACACCGGCGAGGCAAAUCGGAGACUUUAAGAGUCCAAUACAUAAACACAAAGGAUAUCAAAGUGACGGUGGCUACGUGGAACGUCGCCGGAAAACGUCCCUCCGAUGAUCUCGAUAUUGACGAUUGGCUUUCUACUGAAAACCCUUCAGAUAUUUACAUCAUCGGGUUUCAAGAAGUGGUUCCAUUAAACGCCGGAAACGUUUUCGGAGCGGAAGAUAGAGGUCCGAUUCCGAAAUGGGAAUCGAUAAUCCGUAGGACGCUGAACAAAUCCAAGAAAGAAUCAGUCUAUGACCAAUCUCCAAGCAACAACAACGUUCUUCAUAGGUCUCACAGCGCGCCUUCGUCUCCUGUCUUAGCGCAACAAGCAAAAUCCAUUAUCUCUGAUGUCUUGGUCGAGAAUCUUGCCGCAGACCACUCGUUAGACCUAGCUACAGACGAGUUCAUCGAUGCUGCAACCGCUUUACCGAGUCUAAAACCAGUAGGGAAUCCGGACAUGGACUGGCCUGAACGAGCGUUAGACGAGAAUCCUCAGAUUGUUGGAUCCGAGGGAAAGCUAAGGAGAGUGUUGAGCAGCAACGCCAUGCUAGGGUUUAAGCUACCGGAGACUCCAACGGGAGUGAGUAGAUUUGCUUCCGACGCAAGAAACUUGAAACGGUCACGGAGCUUUGAGACUCUAGUGCUGAGUUGGAAUGAUAUCAAAGAAGAGAAUGAUAAUAACUCCUCCUCCUCCUCCUCUUCCUCGUCAGAGGCGGAGGAAGAAGCUGCGAAAAUCCAGUCUGGUGAUUCAUCAGACGGAGAAUCGUCUUCCGAUGACGAGGAGGAAGGAGAUAAAAUCGGAAAUACUUAUGGAUUGCCGGAAGAUUUGGUGGAGGAGUGUCGGAAGGUGAAAGAUUCUCAAAAGUAUGUAAGGAUAGUGAGUAAGCAAAUGGUUGGGAUCUAUGUAUCGGUUUGGAUCCGACGGCGAUUGAGAAGACAUGUCAACAACUUGAAAGUUUCACCGGUCGGAGUUGGCUUGAUGGGUUACAUGGGAAACAAGGGAUCAGUGUCUAUUAGCAUGACGUUAUAUCAAUCAAGAAUGUGUUUUGUGUGUUCACACUUAACUUCCGGUCAUAAAGACGGUGCUGAGCAACGCCGGAAUGCUGACGUGUACGAAAUCAUACGUCGUACUCGUUUCUCAUCGGUUCUUGAUACCGAUCAACCUAGAACGAUUCCAUGUCACGAUCAGAUAUUCUGGUUUGGGGAUUUGAAUUACCGACUUAAUAUGUCAGACAGUGAAGUAAGAAAGCUUGUCGCACAGAAACGAUGGGACGAGCUUAAGAACAGUGACCAGUUGAUUAGAGAACUAAGAAGAGGACAUGUCUUUGAUGGAUGGAGAGAAGGUCCAAUACAAUUCCCUCCGACAUAUAAAUAUGAAUUCGAUUCCGACCGUUACGCCGGAGAAAACUUGAGAGAAGGAGAGAAGAAGAGAGCCCCGGCUUGGUGUGAUAGAAUAUUAUGGCUGGGAAAAGGAAUAAGACAAGAGUGUUAUAAGAGAUCGGAGAUACGAAUGUCCGAUCACCGGCCGGUGACUUCGAUAUUUAACGUCGGAGUUGAAGUUUUCGAUCAACGGAAACUUCAAAGAGCUCUUCACGUUAAUAACGCUGCCGCUUCUGCUGUUCAUCCCGAGCCUACUUUUUGAGUCUUAAUGUCUCGCAAAAAGAUUGAUAAUUUGUUAACAAAUUUCUGUGAUUUUUUUUUAAUACAUAGAAUCUUUAUUUUGGGGUUGAUAUAUAUUUUUUUGUUAUAUAUAAAUCUAACCAAAGUCUCUUUACUUAUCAAUGUAAGCCUUUUAUUUAUUUUUUAAUUUUCUUUAUCUACUAAUAUUAAUUUUAAUAUUGCAUAGUAUAGAA